GGAUUUCCAUUCCCAGAAAUCCCCAAUAACCCCAACCUUUCACCUGCGUGCCGUGGCGUAACUUGGCUCCUUGGGUUGUUUGUGUGCAGGUACCGGGCCUCCCAUCUUAAAUUCAACAACACGUGGCUUUAACACCAGUUCCUCUUCCGUUAUUUUCGUGCUGAGAUCAGAGCCGUUCCGGGGGGUGGGCUGGAGGCAGGGAUGCGUCUCCCACUUGUCUGGGCAGGAACAGCAUGAGGCAGGGAGGAGGCUGGCAGGGAGUUGGCUACUGAAACGGAGAGGUCUCUUGCCCUUACCGCUCCCCUGCAGAUUUCUUCCCGGCAGAGCCCCGCCUCUGGGUUGGAGCGGACCGACCGACUCCUUCCGAGCUGCAGUGUGGACUGUGACCGGUAGGUGGCGCCUCUGCCAGAGGUUCUCACUUGUUUCUGGCUUGUCGGACAGCGCUCGGGGCAAGCUGGACGGUCAGGAAUUGUUGGCAAACAAAAGAAAGAAUGAAUGAGGCAGGAAGGACAGGAGACGAGGGGACACCUCGUGCUCCAGCAUGAAGGCUUACUAGGUUUGAGGGGUGAUGCUCUAAAAUGAACCCAGCCGGAAGUUAUUUGAUGGGGCGGACCCCGACUCCCUUGUCCAGGGAACAGGGCAUCCAGGACGCUGGGAGCAUCCUCACGCGUGCCUUUUGUGGGAAGGUAACGUUCACUAGGUCACGUGACCAGCAGCUCGGAGGCUUCCUCCUUGGUGGAAGUCCAUCAGUUGCUUUGAAAUGGUCACAGCUUUGCUGCUUUUUCUUUCAGAGUGAAACAUCUUUCGACCUAAUAUCAGAAAAAUGUGACAUUCUGUCAAUUCUUCGGGAUCAUCCUGAAAACAGGAUUUACCAGAGGAAAAUCCAGGAACUCAGCAAGAGGUUCACUGAGAUCCGCAAGACCAAGGGGGACGGCAACUGCUUCUACCGGGCCUUGGGCUAUUCCUACCUGGAGUCUCUGCUGGGGAAGAGCAGGGACAUCCUCAGGUUCAAAGAGCGCGUCCUGCAGACCCCAAAUGACCUUCUAGCUGCCGGUUUUGAAGAGCACAAGUUCCGAAACUUCUUUAAUGCUUUUUACAGCGUGGUGGAACUCGUAGAGAAGGACGGCUCGGUGUCCAGCCUGCUGAAGGUGUUCAAUGACCAGAGCACCUCAGACCGAAUCGUGCAGUUUUUGCGCCUGCUCACCUCGGCCUUCAUCAAGAACCGCGCGGACUUCUUCCGACACUUCAUCGAUGAGGAGAUGGACAUCGAGGACUUCUGCACUCACGAAGUGGAGCCCAUGGCCAUGGAGUGUGACCACAUCCAGAUCACAGCCCUGUCUCAGGCACUGAACAUCGCCCUACAGGUGGAGUACGUGGACGAGAUGGACACGGCCCUGAACCACCACGUGUUCCCCGAGGCUGCCACCCCUUCCGUUUACCUGCUCUAUAAAACAUCCCACUACAACAUCCUUUAUGCAGCCGAUAAAUGUGAAUUACUUCUAGGACACGCAGUGGAGCCUGCCACCUAACGGGACUACAUUCCAAACGGAACAUUCGGACUUUUCACUUUUUUAAAGCAACUUAGACUACAGUUAGAAAACGUACAGCCUUUUGGGCCAAGUGGCCGGCAAUGUGGCCCACCCGUCACGGACUGUGGUAACUUGGUGAUAUUCUUAGUAUUUAUUGUCAUGGAGGAUCAAAUGCUUUCUAACUCAGGGCUACAAAGCCAGAAUCCCUGGCUCUGCUCUCAGGUCCCUGAGACCCUGGGGAGGUCACCUCCCCUCUCUGGGCCUGUUUCUUCAUCUGGACAAGGAUGCUGCCAGUGCUGACAUUCCGCACUCUUCUGCCUUCGACAUUCUGCAUUCUUCUGAAAAGAGGGCCCUCUGGUGUCCUUUUCACCAGGGGUGGUACCUCUCUGUCGGGAGGAAAAGCUCAAGAUCGGCCGUCCUCGGUGACUUACCAGUUCCACAAAAAAGAAUCCAGUCCAGUCAGCUUUUGGACUGGACUGUGGUGGAUGGCCGACUGAAGCACUGGCCAGUUGAGGCCAACCUGAACGUAAGGACUUCAGCAUGGUUCCAGACAUUCACGAUGGGCCUGUUCCCUCCCCCUAACUCGAGGGGGAAAAAAAGACUUUAUGGCAAAGUCUAGAAAGGGGCCUUCAGCAUGAAGCUCAAGUUGUUGUGGCCCCUCUACCUCUCUCACUCAGGUCCAGGACUGCCUGCCCCUGGGCAGGCCCUUCAGGAUUCAGCAGCCAGCGCCACCUUAGCACAGGCUCAAGGAACACUGGGGUCUGGGACCAGGAAGUGGUCUCACCAUCCCCAUCACAGCCUGGAAGUAGAACCCAGAUAAUCCUCCAGGUGGAGACCCCACACGCAGCCACAGACUCCAGCUGGGCAGGGCAGACGAGUUUUGCAAGGCUGUCUGUGGCUUUUCUUUUUCCCCCUUCUUGGUUUGUGGGCUGGCGGGAAAUCAGGUGGGAAAGAAUGGAGACAAGACAAGGAAAUGGGGAGUGGGGGAGAUUUCUGUUGUGGAAACUGCCUGGAAGCCUAGAGCCCUGGCUGGCAGUUGCCUCCUUCAUCCGCCUGGACCUGCCCCUUAACACCUUGUCACCUUGCUGCCCCGGGACCUCAAAGAGCCCUGGUUGACUUGGGGUACAGGUGGCGAGCUCUUACAGGGGGUACUUCCCUGACCCAAGGACUUUGCUCGCAGGUUCCAUUCUGCAGGGAUUCGGGAGAAUCCACUGGUGCUACAGUGCAUGUCUGUUGCCAGCCAGACCGUGCACAGAACUAGGCAGCAGGCUGCUCCGAGGUGGGGCACACAGACUUCUGCCUUUGUGAAGACAGAUGUGAGGGUGCUUUAAUUCCAGGCAGGGACCCUGGUUCCCCUGUAGCCCUUAGCUCGAGUUUAAACCCAAGGGCUCACGCUCAGUGAUUAUGUCACCUUUCCACAGGAAUGUAAAGCUGACCUUGAUCUCUGAAUUGGUUAUGUGCCACCCUGCCAGGGUCUAUGACCAAUACACCGGAAGAAGGGGGAUGGGAAGGAGGACAUUACAGGACUUGUGACGAUCAGGAUCACCAUAUUCAAACUGAAGGGUAUGAAUACAGUACCGAGCUGAAUGGCCCUGCUCCGAGGGGCUGCGAGAUGGCCCGGGCCUCCAGCUGGGCUCUCGGGCACAGCAUUAGUAGCACUGGCUGCCACUUCUCAGGAUGUGUGGUGUCUUCACAAGAGCAGAUUUCUCUUUGGCAGACCGGCUGGACAAAUUCCCUCUCAGACUUCCUAUUCUGUGCUUCCAGGUCUGAGAGUCCGCCAGUGCUCCUAUGGGACCCUCUUCCCAGGAGAGAUCCUACUAGUUUAGAAUCAGAACGUUAGAGAAAGGCAAACGGUGCUCAUGCUCUUACUCUGCGCUCUCCCCUUUUUUCCCAAAACCACUGGCCCAAGCCAAGCCAUGGCUUGCUUCCUUCAUGUCUGCACUCAGAUCUUCUAUGAAGGCAAAGCACCAGUGGAGAAAGGAAGUUGCAGAAUUCAGUAACUUGUUAAAAUCCAGUCAUUCAUGGAAAUCACUUGGCCUGUCUGCAGCAGCCAGUCAUGCUGGCAUGACUUUUCUGGAUAAUUCUCCACCCCACCUCACAAAGCCAUCUCUUUCCAAACUAAAAUCAGGCAGGGAAGUUGCUUUGAGAGUCUGUCCUUGCAACUGCACAUUUAUUACUUUCUUUCCAAAGGGAACUUUAUAAAUGGGAAUGUUUAACAACAAAAAGAACAAACUGUCCUUGCUUUUAACUAGGUUCCUAUUUUAAGCACAAAGGGGCUCUGUACCCAGACUGCCUGGGUUCAAAUCCCACCUUUUCACUUACGAGCUAUUUGACCUCGGCCAAGUACUUCACCUCUCUGAGCUCCAAUUCUCACACUGGUGAAACAAACAAUACCUACACGUCACAGGAUCACUGGUUAAAGUGGAACAAGACUGUGAGGAGAGCUUUGAGACCUGACACAGUGCUCUACAAGUAGGGGAGCGGUGGAACUCUUGCUGCAAUGUGGAGAAAUGCCACCUUAGGAUGGAAACUGGCUUCCCAAAAGGGAAGUGUCAGGAAACAGUAGACAAGGCCAAGAAACGUUCUCACCCCGGGCAAAGUGGGGGCAGGAGCUGUGACUGAGUAGCUGCCCUGGGUGGGGGAGCCCAGGUCCUGUGGGGUAUUGGCCAGGCCCGACAGCUUCUCCAGCACUGGGUGGAAACGUUUUCUUAGCAUUAAAAUGGUUUCCGUGACAACUUUUGUCCUAGUUUCUUAGUAUUUGGUACCUGGCAUGCAGUGAAGAUCAGCUCUCCCACAGGGCUUCUGUGUAUGAGUAAAUCAGCAGGGGAGAGGGGCUCCUCCUCUAGAGGAAGGUCCAGAUACUCAGGAUGUUCUGCCCUUGAACUGGAGGUGCCAAAGAAACCACAGGACUCUCCAAAGCUUUACCUCAAGUCAGAACUGCUUGGGAGGCUAACCUUCUCUUUUAAAACCUACCCCUUUAGGGGCACUCAGUCGGUUGAGCGUCCAAUUUCAGCUCGGGUCAUGGUCUCAGUUGGUGAGUUCGAGCCCCGCGUUGGGCUCUGUGCUGACAGCUCGGAGCCGGGAGCCUGCUUCCGAUUCUGUGUCUCCCUCUCUCUGCUCCUCCCCUGUUCGCACGCUGUCUCUCUCUCAAAGAUAAAGAUUAAAAACAAAAACCUACCCCUUUAACAUAUCACCCCACCAAAAAAUGAAAAGAAUCUCCUGUUAGGAGACAAGGACAGGAUGUCAACAGACAUCAGUGGAUCUGUCUGUGAUCCAUUCACGACUCAGGUGCUAUGAUUCCUUAAACCUGUUUAAACCUCCCCUGUACUAUUCAGAUAAUGGAGAGUCCCCUGCCUCUUCCAACAGCUGUCACUCAAGAACUGAUCUGUCAGACUAGGACUGUUUUCUACUACAAUCUCCUCUCCAGGUGACUGGUGACCCUGGGGAGACAUUCCUUGGCAACACUGCUGUCUGUCCUUUUAAGACUGAAGCAGUUUUCUGAACUUGUCCUGAGCCCAUAAGUUAAUACUCACAGUUCUAACCCCAGGUCUGCCACCUGGCUGCUCUGCGAUCCUGAGCACGUCUUAAGUGCUCAGUAUCCACCUUCUCAACUACAAAAAGGUACUGGGACUUGUAUCUCAGGACCUUGUCACGUUAAAUGAUAAAAUGGAUGAAAGUGCCUACUGGCGUUUAGUACUUGGUCAACACUCAAUGAUCCCCGAUUUUGAGUUCAGGCCAGCUGUCCCGCUGCAGUUACACAGCGGGGCUGAGAGAACGCCGCCGCCAUCCUGCCAACCUUGUCAACCGUGAAGCCGAGGAGACACCUGUUUAGAAGCCCAGGCUUAGCUGUGAAGAAAUCUAUGCUUCUCUGGCAAUUGUGGCUAUUUACCCAGACUAAGCCAGAGAAAGCUCGGGUGGCACCAAAGGUCACCAGUUCCCUCAGCAGGUACUUACACGAUGCCCUGACCUAAGCCCCAGGGCUGCAAGGGAUCAUAAAAACAGCCUAUGCUGUCAAGGAGCUUGGCAGAGACAAUACAAUGUGCCACGUGCUAGGAAGAGGGUGAGCACGGCUACUGUGGGAGCCACAGGACGCUAUGUCCUCCUGGGGGCUCAGGGACCCAAAGUACACACCGCAGUGCUCAGGGACGGGAAAGGAAAGCAGGCGGAGGGACAAGCUUGUAUAAAAGGCUCAGGAUAAGGGAAGCGGCACGUGGGACCCACGGGCAACAAUCCGUUCAGUCACACAGAGGAGGGGAGCGAAAAGGCGGGAGAAACCGGCUAGCACCAGAGCCCGAGUGCCUCGCAAUGCCAGACUCGGCACGCUGUCACUGGCCUCCCACAAGUGGCUCUGACGUUAAGGAAGCCUGUAUUCUCUUGAAACCCGAGGAUGGCAGCCUCUUCCCUGCCCAUCUUGCAGAGUGGCUCAGACAAGGCAAAAGCUGAGUGAGCGGUAGAGGGCUAAAGAGCCGUUAGGGGUCUGCUGUGGAGAAAAGCAGCAACACAAGCGAAGGCGUACUGCUCCAUCCACACCGUCCAGUGGGACGACACACACCCCACAUGCAGCCUGCAGCCAAAGGAUUAGCGUGGCUACGUUCCAGCUAAAAACUCAGGAUACCAUGCUGGU